AUGUCUCCAGAGGAUGAAGUCCUAAGUUCAGACCUCGCAGACCUCCACCGGGCAUGGGCAAAGCAUGGCUGGAAGAAAAUAGAGCACACGAUCCUGCAGGCGAAUGCACAUGGGCUCCAAUGGGUCUGGGCGGACACUUGUUGCAUCGGUAAGUCCAGCAGUGCGGAGCUUGCGGAGGCCAUCAAUUCUAUGUUCAGGUGGUACCGAGAUUCGGCGGUCUGCUAUGUAUACCUCGAUGAUGUGCCUGACAUCACUGAGGCCCUGAUUCGCCAUACUGGCAUGGAACACGGUUCUCGCGAUAUUUUGAAACCCGACCACACCUUCCUAUCGGACUACAAGCGGCGGGAUCCAGUCUCAUACUUGUCCAACGCAGCGACAUGGAUAUGCAAAGAUCCCCCGGUCCAAUGGCUGGAGGUCACACACGCACGAUGGUUCACAUGCGGAUGGACAUUGCAAGAACUGUUGGCUCCGCACGAUGUACAGUUCUUUAGCCAAUGCUGGGAAUACCUUGGACACCGUGGGUCGAUGGCACAUCUCAUAGCCCAGGCAUGUAACAUACCACGAAAGGUCAUUAUCGAAAGAGAGUGGCUCACAGCAAGACAUCUAGAUCCUGGAUCCUCCACCAUGAGGCUCUACGCCACUAUUGAGCAUGUUUUGUUGCAAGCUCUCCGUGAGAAGGUCACAGCGUUUUUCGAGGAAUUCAGUGUUGCGCAGCGCAUGUCAUGGGCUGCUGGACGCCGACUUACGCGCAUCGAGGACGAGGCGUACUGCCUGCUUGGGUUUUCCGAUGUCAACAUGCCUGUUUUGUAUGGAGAAGGCCCACGAGCCUUCCUCAGGCUACAGCAGGAGAUACUGAGGACGCGCAUUGACCACACCAUCUUCGCUUGGGACCAUGUCCAAGGGGACCUUCCACGGGGCCCAACAAAGCAGGCAUUGCUAGCACCAUCCGCUGCCGGUUUCCGCAAUCGAGGUAACACCACGCAAGCUCAAUUUGAUCUAAGAUGCGUCCACGAAGUCAACAACGUUGGGGUUCGUAUGCAAAUCCCCUGUCACGCCCUUCCAAUAUAUGACGGUAUCAACGGGAAGAUAGUUGGUGACCACGCAAGUCGAGAAGUUUUGGCACUGAUACAUUGCUACUCAGGCGACUGGCUGAUAAUGCUCGCUUUACGACUUCGCCAUGUAGGAGCGACAGAUCAGGAGAUCUUUGUUGUGGAGGGUGAUUUCACCCACAAAAGGAUUACUGAAGUGGACGCGGUGACUGCCUCCAAGUUCCAGUACAACAGUGUUACGAUUCUGUUCUCGAAUUCAAUGCUCGGCGACUUCAUGAGCCCCUUCCCGAACCCCUUUCCGGAUGACACUCGAAUAGGGAUCCGAGUGGCUAUCAGGCUGGAAGGGCGGCGUGUUGACCUCGAGGAUACAGAUCUCGCCUGUGCAAGUGUUUCGUCCGAUUCGUCCGACGCGCGUUCGAAGGUAACCAAUGACAGUAGUCAUGUGCCAGGCUUGUUCUUUCAAGAAAAAAUUGCGUUUGGAUAG